AUGAUAUUAAGAAGAACACCAAUGCAUGAUUUAUUGAAUGUUUUGCUUAUUUUGCUAUUAAGUACAACGAACUUUAUUGACGCCGGUGCGCAACAGAAAAGCGUUUUAAUUGAAGAUGUAAAAACAUUAACAUUGCAUAAAGGACAGAAAACACAAGCUAGAAGGACAUCCCCAAUUCCACAAUUGAAAUGUACUGGAGGUUCAGCAAGGUGUGCUUUUGAACCAGACACUGUUCAAUGUUACAAUCAGGGAUCAGAUGGUGUCGACAUUCAGUGGGAAUGUAAAGCUGAAAUGCCCACAAAAUAUAAAUUUGGACGCUUAUCUGUUAGUUGUGAAGGCUACGGUUAUCCAGAUGAUCCAUAUAUAUUGGCUGGUUCUUGUGGACUUGAAUACCAUCUUGAUGCAACUGAAAAAGACUUUCAUGGUUCGCAAAAAUCAUCAAAUCAAUAUAUUAGACAAACUGCUGACUCAAAACCUUACUCAUUUUUAUUCAAAGUUGCUGUGAUCGGGUUAAUAUUAUUCGCAUUUCGUGCUUAUAUGUCAAGUGGAAGAACAGUUGGCGGUCAAAGACCAAUGUCUAGUGGCCCAGGCACGGGAGGAGGCGGUGGAGGCGGAGGUGGAUUUUUUGGUGGCAUGUUUCCAGGUGGCGGAAGUGGGGGUAACGGAGGUUGGAUGGGUGGCCUAGGUGGCUUAGGGAAUCAAUUUGGAAAUUUUUUUCGUGGACAAGGCAAUCACGGACAACCCCCGCCACCUGGAUUUCGAAGUGAUUAUACAGAUUAUGGAAGUGGUGCAAACUGUAAUACAAAUCGUCAAGGUGGCAGUAGUGGUGGUGGAUUUUGGACGGGUGCAACGCUUGGAGCAGUGGGUGGAUAUCUUUUUGGAAAUCGAAAUCGAGCCCGUGAACCAUAUGCAUCAAGAAGUUUUUACUCAAGUGACAUGGGCUCGGAUACGGGCAGUUUUUUUAGUUCAUCAAGACAGCGUAGCACCCAGUCUCCUAGUUCAUCGUCCAGUACUCAUACAAGCUCAGGCUAUAGUGGCACAACGCGCCGUUAA